UUUGCCUGGGGAAGUUGACGCCAUCUAGUUGCCGGCAGUUCAUGUACGAAAUUUCUCAGCGCGAGGCAGAAAAGACAUUCCGCCUGAGAUAUGAGCUUUCCCGGGGAGACAUUCGCGAGAUACGAGCCGAAUUCCUGAGGCAGGUCGACUUUAUACAGACUAUGCGGCUUUUCGAGGAGAUGGGACUUUGGGUCCGUCGAUCCAAGCACUCUUCAUCGCGGUUUUAUGCUACAACUCCUCCAUCGUUUUCGCGACCUUUCUCACGGCAUACAGAUUUCUCGAUUCCCCUUCCUUCAGACGCGAGUUUUCGGACAUCCCCAAUGCCACAUCAUCGACACCACAUCCAGACGUCCCCUUACCAGAACAGCACCUCAUUGACCUCCCCGUUUGCCUCUUCUUCAUCUCCAUUGGGAUAUUCAACUGAUCACGCAUCUCUAUCCCCGCUGAUAUCGACUCCAGAAUCACUCAGUUUACUCACGGGCCAAUAUGCUUCUUCUCGUGGCCCCAGUCCUCUGAGCAGGAAGGUUGGAGAGGCGCCAUUCGGGCCCCAGCAACAAAUGUCCCAUCAGGCCUCCGUUCGGGCAGUAAACUCAAGCCCUGUGCACCCAGGGCCUCCACACAAGUCGAUGCCGGGAAGUCUUCACUCUCCUGAUGGUCUGCCAGGCGGUCACUUUUCCAGGAAAUAUUGGUCUGUUGACAAGCCUUUGACGACGUCGGAGGCUCCUUUGUGCAGAUCGCCCAUCCCCCGGCCCAGUUCCCUGACAAACAUGCGAGCUAUGUUGCCUCCUCCCAGGAAGCUCCCAUUCCAGCACUCUCCCAAGAAGAGACCCGGCUUGCACGCGACCCCUGAGGACGAAGUUGGUCGUUCCGGUCUGGCUAGCGCAGUGGUAACCAUGGAGAACCUAAAUCAACAACCUAUUCUAUCCCCUCCGACCCACAAUCCCACUUCGGCUCCGUUCAUGGAAAGACGAUUGUCAACAAGUCGAGAUGUAGGCGUCCAUCGGCAUGACGGAAUGCGUACAGAAGUAUCAGCAUUCAAUAUGAGAGAGGCAGGUCCGACUUCAGCAGCACACCCAGCUUGUCCACAACUUGCAGCAACAGAACUUGAAACCACGAGAAAAGCGGAUACUGAAAGUCGGGAGUGGUCGCGAAAAAAUGAACCUGGAAUCAUCAUAGAACAAUCCUUCUUGGACUCAAACGGUGCCGUCCGAUCCGACGAUAGGAAAAACAAAGAAAGUGCACCCCAUAACAAGAAACGUCAAAAACGAACCGGCUCUCCUGGAGGAGCUAAAGUCCAAAAUCAGCUUCGGGAACUCGAGUCAAGAAUCACAGCGUAUGGGCCAGUGCCCGAUGAGGUGAAGGAUAACUGGAAGGAUCUCUCGCGUCUUCGCCCCCGAAAAAAUGCUGCCAAAACUGCUUUGGUAUCGAGAAAGCAAAGCCUAGGAGAUGCUGGAAUUUUGAAGACGAGGGGCAUAGCGGCUCAGGGCAGCAGAGCAGCGUCGGGGUCAAGGUUGGACUCUCCUGACGCAAUAAACUCGGGUGGUUCAACCAGCGUGUCGCGCUCGCCAAAACCUCAGCAAGAUACCAAGUCUCGAGACUUCGGUGUCUCUUGUAACAUUCAAGAUUGCGAACUCGACUGCGGGACCCAGGCGAUCAUGGACAUGGAACAUACCGUCAACUUGUUCAAUGCAGAUCUGCCUUGUCAAGACCAUGCCGCACAUGUGGCUGACGCCACCCAAGCGGACGAGCAUUGCGUAGUUCAUCUCAGGAAGCAUGAUAUUGCCACGCAGACCAUUUCAAUAACCAAGGAUGCUGCGAUAUACUGCUCUAUCAAGAAACCAGGAAUCCAUAUCUCGUCGCAAACAGACACGCCUACGUCAAAUGCUGACCUGCAGACAAUAGAGGACACAACCACCCGAAAAACACGCCACUCGGAAUACGAUGAUCAUGCACUGGUGGUCGGCCUGCAGCUGAUCGAUGAGGCAAGGCAUUUGGUCCACGAGCGUCUCGACGGCGAUCUCGACAACCUGGAGCGUGGCUAUGAAUUUGACAUGCGGGAAUCUACAGCAAAGAUGCUGCAAUCUGUCGAAAGACUGGCGCAGGAAAAUUUAGACAACCACGGCCCUGCCAUCCUAAAUCUACCUUUUGGCAAGAUGGUAGGCAACUAUCUAAAGACACGUCAGGCUGACUUGACUGGUCCAGCUUGCUAGAUGGGCGACGUCCAUGUUCCCAUGCUGUUAACAUAACGGCUCGGAAACAGCAAAUCGGGCUGCGGAUCCGGCAUUUUCUCCUUAUAGGGCAUAGCUAGC